AUGAAUGCAAAGCUCCGGAAUGAGAUCAAUUCUUUUCAAAAGCAGAAUGAUGAAUCUUUGUAUGAUGCAUGGGAGAGAUUUAAAGAAUUACUCAGGAAAUGUCCUCAUUAUGGUAUUCUUCAUUGCAUUCAGAUGGAGACUUUUUAUAAUGGUCUCAAUGCUCAAACAAAGAUGGUGGUGGAUGCAUCAUCAAAUGGGGCUCUUCUCUCUAAGUCCUAUAAUCAGGCUUAUGAAAAAUUCUUGAAACAAUUGCUACCAACAACUAUAAGUGGUCAUCUUCUUGAGCUCAAACAGGGAAAAAGUUGUCCUUCAAAUCCAGAAUCUGUCUUUUACAUGGGAAAUCAAAACAAGGGUGGCCCUUACUCGAAUACUUACAAUCAGUCAUGGAGGCAACAUCCUAAUUUUUCUUGGAGCAAUCAAGGGGCAAAUUCUGGAACUUCAAAUGGCAACGAGUACAUCAUCAAGAAUGAAGCUAGUAGAUCUCAGACUGAAGCUCUGGUCCAAAGUCAAGCGGCAUCCUUAAGAAACUUGGAGAAUCAAGUUGGGCAACUAGCUAAUGAACUAAGGAAUCGACCACGUGGCACUCUCCCUAGCGAUACCGAAAAGCCUAUUGGUGUUGGGAAUGAGCAUUGUAAAGCCAUGACAUUCAAAAGCGGAAAAGUUUUGGGGAACACUGUUAUUGAUGCCAAACAUGAUGAUUCUGUUGAACCUAGUGGAAAUGAGAAAAUUUCUGACAACAAAGAAAACGAGAAUGACAAGCUCCACAUCAAUAUUCCUCUUGUAGAAGCUCUUGAGCAGAUGCCCAACUAUGUGAAAUUCAUGAAGGACAUUCUUACGAAGAAGAGAAGGUUGGGGGAGUUUGAAACUAUAGCUCUAACAAAGGAGUGUAGCUCAUUCUUGCAACAUAAAUUACCUACAAAAAUGAAAGAUCCAGGGAGUUUCACUAUUCCUUGCACUAUUGGUGACUCUUAUUGUGGAAUGGCAUUAUGUGAUUUGGGGGCUAGCAUAAACUUGAUGCCUAUGUCGGUGUUCAAAAAAUUGGGGAUUGGAGAAGUUCGGCCUACUACUGUCGCUCUUCAACUAGCUGAUAGAUCUCUUGCUCAUCCAGAGGAAAAGAUUGAAGAUGUUUUGGUCAAGGUAGACAAGUUCAUAUUUCCUGCUGAUUUCAUCGUGUUGGAUAAUGAGGCUGAUCGAGAGGUUCCCAUUAUCUUGGGAAGACCAUUUAUUGCUACAGGAAGAACUCUCAUCGAGGUGCAAAACGAUGAGCUAACUAUGAGGGUUCAAGAUGAAAAGGUGACUUUUAAUUUCUUUAAAACAAUAAAAUAUUCUGAUGAUGUAGAAGAUUGCUCAGCUAUCACUUUAUUUGAUGAGCUAAUUUCUGAUAAAUUAGACUCUAAUUUUUCUCACGAUCCUUUGGAGCAAUUAAUAUUAGAUGCUUCUCAAGAGGGAUAUGAUAAUGUUGAACUCUUAGCUUGGUUGGAUGCAAAUUCACAAGUUACAAGAACUAGGGGACGCUUUGAGUCAUUGGAUCUGUCGUCAAGGGAGUUCAAGACUCCUAAGCCAUCAAUUGAUGAACCACCAGAGUUAGAACUAAAGGCUCUUCCUUAUGAAAUAUGCUUAUUUGGGACCUUCUUCCACUUUGUCUAUUAUUAUCUCUGCUGA